GAAUGUCUCCAGUUACAUAUUGUGGCACAGUGGAAAUUUCCUCUUCUGAGGAAAGUGAAUGUGUGUCAGACAGUGAUCAAAGAGGUGCACAACCACCUCGAGAUGUUCUUCCUGAACCCGUGGUAAUUUCUUCUUCUGAGGAAAGUGAAUGUAUGUCAGACAGUGAUCAAAGAGGUGCACAAGAGCCCCAAGAUGUGUGUUGUCAACCUGUGGAAAUCUCUUCUGAGGAAAGUGAAUGUAUGUCAGACAGUGAUCAAAGAGGUGCACGAGAGCCCCAAGAUGUGUGUUGUCAACCUGUGGAAAUCUCUUCUGAGGAAAGUGAAUGUAUGUCAGACAGUGAUCAAAGAGUGGCAGGUGCACAAGUGCCCCAUGAUGUGUGUUGUGAAACAGUGGAAAUUUCCUCUUCUGAAGAAAGUGAACAUGUGCCAGAGAGUGAGCAAGCAGUGAAAAGUACACAGACAUCUCCACCUGUCUAUCGUAUAACAGAGGAAACUUCCUCUGCUGUGCAAACUGAAGAUGUGAGACAAUGUGAGCAAAUAGUGAAAAGUACACAGACAUCUCCACCUGCAUAUUUUAAAGAAGAGGAAACUUCCUCUGCUGAGCAAGCUGGAUAUAUGAGAGAAGUGAUAGGUGCACAGACAUCUCCACCCGACUAUUCUGAAAUAGUGGAAAUUUCCUCUUUUGAACAAACUGAACAUGUGAGAGAAAGUGAGCUAACAGUGAAAGGUGCACACGUAUCUCCACCUGACUCUUAUGAAACAGUGGAACUCCCCAGAUUUGUGCAAGCUGCAUAUAUGACAGGAACUGAUCAAAGGAAUACUCCAUCUUGGACAUUAGAAAGUCAGAGUAAUUCAAGUAAUAUUACUUUCAGCAGACAAAUUUCAGAGCAUGGACAUUUAUCAUGGUCAAGAUCACACAGAGAACAUAUGGAAAAUCCACAACUUGGAUUAGCAUUUGCAACUUCAUCUGUAUCACAACAAAAUAUAACUGAAGGACUAAUGGAAGACUCUUUCACCAAAGCGCAAAGAUCAAGAAAGAAGAGACGAAGACAUAGAAGAGUUAGACAAGGUGAUGAAUCCCAUUCACAUUCAAAUGUAGCACUUGACCAGGGUAUGAAAUUUCAUGCCAGUAUAUCAUCUGAUACUGUAGAGCAUGGGUCUGUAAGUGACACUGAGAUGUUUUCUAGAGAUGAACCCCAUGAGAAAGUAAGACAUCAGAUGAGUAGUUUUACGUCACAAAGUGGAGGUCAGUUUUCAGCUUCUGGACUACCUGAUCAUUCUUCAAGAGAAUAUUCUAGGCACACAACCAGAAAUAGGGAAGCUCCACAAUGGAGAAGAUGUGCUACACUGUUAGUGCCCAAUCUUCAAAUCACAAUUUUUCCUGGAGAAGACUCUAGAUGUGACACAGGUAGUACACCUUCAUUCAUACCCGAGUCAUUAAGCACUAGUGAUUCAGUAGAAACUGUUCUAGAAGAGAUCAGAAAUGCAUUUUCACGUGCUGAAGAGGCUGGUGCAAGAAGUAAUGUUGGUUCCCUCAGGAUCCCUACUAAUAGAAGUUCAAAUACUGAUGUAAGUGAUACAACUCCUGUUGUAGCUGAGAGAGGAACAUUAGGUCAGAGAAUGACAGGAUUGGUUAGAUCCAGUAACCUUAUGGACAUUGAUAGUGAUCUACAGUAUCAAGGCUUACCCUCAACUUUAAAUGUGCAAAGGGCAGAGUCACAGAAUAGAAGCAGUGGUUCCAAUUUAAAUCCUAGUUAUCAGUCUGGUUCAACAGCAAUUUACCACACAAGCUUGAGCUUUUCUACUGGUUCUGGUAGUAGCCCUGUGUUCAGUGCCAGCUCUCAUGCUGAAAAUCCAGAAAUUGCUUCAAUGAUGCCUGAAGACAUUAAUGAAAGAGGUACAUUAUUAGGCUCACUUUCACAGCGCAGACCAAAAAGUCAACACACACCCAGAAAUACCUCACAAAAAUGAAUGCCAGCACCUUUUAGGUGAACUAAUCCCUAUAGAUGAAUACAUUUUUCACCAACUUAGAAGACUUACAAAGCAACAGGUUGACAACUUUCCAGUAAGAACAUUUAACAAAACUGAUGCUGUGAAGCACUGUAAUGUGUGCAUUACAUGAUACAAAAUUUCACAUACUACAGUGUUCUCAUGAAUAUCAAAUGCACCGCAUUGAUCCUUGUUUAUCAGUAAAUUCUACCUGUCCUAUUUGUUGCAGUGACAUAAAUAGAUUAUGAGAACAGAGAAAAUUCUUAAGUUGUAAACUCUCAGCAAUACUACAGUAAUGGACAAACAAUAGUCACUUGCUUUAUGUUUACUUUUGAAGUUAUGCUUAUAUACAA